CCAUCAUCAACAUGGAUUUUUAUCCUGACAUUCCUGGAGUGGAGUAUAUUAGGAACUGUGGAUGCCGCACGGUUCAGUGAAGUCAAGAGCAAAACAUCCCAGUUGCCUCUUUCUGUUCCUCUUUACUUUGGUUAGGACAGUGGGCUCAGACUUGAUUCUCAAUUCAAGGCUGUCUUAAAUGCUGUGUGUGGGUUAUCACAGUGCUUGUCCAAAUAUUUCUUGUCUCCCUUACAUAACUUUUGUCUCCUUACAGAGAAGAAGGUCUGCAGAGGAUGAACUGAUGAUGAGGGAUUACCUGCAAGAAGGAGAUUUGAUCAGUGCAGAGGUACAGGCUGUGUUUGCAGAUGGUGCUCUGUCCUUGCACACCAGGAGUCUGAAGUAUGGCAAGCUGGGCCAGGGAACAUUGGUCCAAGUAUCCCCUUCACUUGUAAAACGCCGCAAGACUCAUUUUCAUAACCUGCCCUGUGGAGCUGCCAUCAUCCUUGGGAAUAAUGGCUACAUCUGGAUUUAUCCAAUUACUGAACAGAAGGACGAUGAAGCAGGAGGAUUUGUGACUAACUUGGAGCCAGUUCCUGUAACAGACAGAGAGGUGAUCUCACGACUCCGCAACUGCAUCAUUGCCCUGAAUAUUCACAAGAUGUUGCUGUAUGAUACCAGUGUUCUGUAUUGCUAUGAAGCUUCAAUGCAUCAACAGAUCAAAGAUAUUCUGAAGCCGGAAAUAAUGGAAGAAAUAGUGAUGGAGACAAGACAACGUUUAAUUGAUCAGGAAGGAUAAGGAAAAGACUUUUUUUUAACUAAUAUUUUGAAUAAAAUUUUACAAUAAUC